AGACCACGGGGCUUAGGAGGACUUGGGUCAGCUCUGCAAAGGGGGUGUCUGCGGAGCACUUUCCGGACUUACAGCACCCCCUCCACUGCCAGGGUCGGCCAGGGGGUCUGGGGCAGGGCUCCAGCGGCUCCAGCAGCGGCUUGGGUAGGCCCUCUGGGGCUGGGAGGAGCUAGUGAGGCCCCUGCCAGCCUGUCACAGGCUCUCGGCAUUGGCACUGGCUCUGACUUUCACACGCACGCACACACACAUACAUACACACACAGACACUGGCAAGCACCCCCUUGGUGGCCUCGGAGGUCUCACCUCCAGACUUACAGGUCCUGCCUCCGAGGCUCAAAGCUGGCUCCGUGGGGGACACAGUGACAUGAGAGGCACAUUUCAGACCCACCUCCUCGCCUUCUUCCUCCUCUGUCUCCUCUCCAAGGUGUGUGCCCAGCUGUGCCCCACACCAUGUGCCUGUCCCUGGCCACCACCCCGAUGCCCACUGGGGGUGCCCCUGGUGCUGGACGGCUGCAACUGCUGCCGGGUAUGUGCGCGGCGGCUGGGGGAGCCCUGCGACCAUCUCCACGUCUGCGACCCCAGCCAGGGCCUGGUCUGCCAGCCCGGGGCGGGCCCUGGAGGCCGGGGGGCCGUGUGCCUCUGGGGAGAAGAUGACGGCAGCUGCGAGGUGAACGGCCGCCUCUACCGGGACGGGGAGACCUUUCAGCCUCACUGCAGGCUCCGCUGCCGCUGCGAGGACGGCGGCUUUACGUGUGUGCCCCUGUGCAGCGAGGACGUGCGGCUCCCCAGCUGGGACUGUCCGCACCCCAGGAGGGUGGAGGUCCCGGGCAAGUGCUGCCCCGAGUGGGUGUGCGACCAGGGAAGGGGGCUGGGAGUCCAGCCCCUCCCAGCCCAAGGACCCCAGUUUUCUGGCUUUGUCGCUCCCCCAGCCCCUGGCGUCUCCUGCCCGGAAUGGAGCACCGCCUGGGGUCCCUGCUCCACCACCUGCGGCCUGGGCGUGGCCACCCGAGUGUCCAAUCAGAACCGUUUCUGCCGCCUGGAGACCCAGCGCCGCCUGUGCGUACUGGGGCCCUGCCCACCCGCCAGGGGCCACAGCCCAAGGAGCAGAGCUUUUUAGAGCCAGGCUGAGGAUGGAAACUCUAUGUCAGCCGCUCAGCAGGCAGUCUGGGCUGCAGGCCACAGUCCGGCUUGGGUCUGCCAUCCGGGCCCUGGAAGACAAGCGUGUUCCCAGGCCAGC